GGAUCUUGAACCGUAUGAAUUUUAUUAUUCCAGCUGCCAUCAUGGUACGAAUGAAUGUUUUGGCGGAUGCGCUCCGCUCCAUCUGCAAUGCUGAAAAGCGAGGCAAGCGCCAAGUGAUGAUUCGACCAAGCUCGAAGGUCAUCAUAAAAUUCCUUACAGUGAUGAUGAAGCAUGGGUACAUUGGUGAAUUUGAAAUUAUUGACGACCACAGAGCUGGCAAGAUUGUUGUCAAUCUAAAUGGUAGAAUUAAUAAGUGUGGUGUCAUCAGUCCUCGCUUUGAUGUAUCAAUUCGAUCUGUGGAACAGUGGACAAACAACCUCCUACCAUCUAGACAAUUUGGAUAUCUCGUUCUCACAACAUCCUGUGGUAUCAUGGACCAUGAAGAAGCAAGGAGGAAACACGUUGGAGGCAAAAUUCUUGGAUUCUUUUUCUGAACAUUGUAUGAUUUAGUAAAUUAACAUCGGCUGUGACUAAAACUUUUGUACAGAAAAGUAUAAUAAAUGGCUUGGUGAAAGUGAAA